AUGGUGCUAGGACAUAAAGUGUCAAAAGUAGGACUUAAAGUUGAUAAAGCAAAAAUUGAUGUCAUUGCACAACUACCACCACCAACCAAUAUUAAAGCAAUUAGAAGUUUCUUAGGACAUGCUGGAUUUUACCGACGAUUUAUUAAAGAUUUUUCAAAGAUUGCACGUCCUAUGACUAAACUUCUAGAAAAAGAUCGACCAUUCGAUUUUGAUUCAGAAUGUACAAAAGCUUUUGAGAUUCUUAAAGAUAGACUCACUAAUGCACCAAUCAUGGUAGCACCAAAUUGGUCAUUACCUUUUGAGUUAAUGUGUGACGCAAGUGAUUUUGCCUUAGGAGCUGUUUUAGGACAAAGAGAAGAGAAACGAUUUAGACCAAUUUAUUACGCAAGUAGAACACUAAAUGGAGCUCAGCAAAAUUAUACCACCACUGAAAAAGAACUUUUAGCUGUAGUUUUUGCUUUUGAUAAAUUUAGAGCAUAUCUUGUUUUGUCUAAAACAGUUGUAUUUACUGAUCAUCCAGCACUAAAAUAUUUGUUUACUAAACAAGAUGCUAAACCUCGUCUCAUUCGUUGGAUUCUUCUUUUGCAAGAAUUUGACAUUGAAAUUAAAGACAAAAAGGGUGCUGAAAACCUUGCAGCUGAUCACUUAAGUCGAUUAGAGAACCCAAAUUUGAAAGAAUUAAAGGAAGAAGAAAUCAAUGAUUCAUUUCCUAAUGAAUACCUCAUGUUUAUAAAAAAUGAAAAGAAUGAUGAGUCACUGUGGUUUGCAGAUAUUGCAAACUACUUAGCAGGAGGAGUUCUACCAAUAUGUUUGACACAAACAAGAAAGAUUUUGGAUGAAUGUCACUACGGACCAGCAGGAGGACAUUAUGGGCCUAAUAUAACAGCAAUAGACUACAUUUCAAAAUGGGCUGAAGCCAAAGCAUUACCUACAAAUAAUGCCAAGGUGGUGAUAGAUUUUCCGAAGAACUUAUUUAGUCGUUUUGGUUGUCCCAAAGCACUAAUAAGUGAUCGAGGAAGCCAUUUUGCAAAUGUUCAACUCGAGAAGGUUCUACAGAAAUACGGAGUUAAUCACCGUUUUUCCACAUCAUACCACCCUCAAACCAGUGGUCAAGUUGAGAACACGAAUCGAGCAUUGAAAGGAAUUCUAGAAAAGACCGUAAACAGUAAUCCAAAGAAUUGGGCAAGCAAGUUAGAUGAUGCAUUAUGGGCAUUUCGUACAGCUUAUAUGACACCGAUUGGUACAACACCAUAUCGGUUAUUAUAUGGCAAAACUUGUCAUUUACCAAUUGAAAUUGAGCAUAAAGCAUAUUGGGCACUAAAGAAUUGCAACACUGAUUUAAUUCAAGCCGGUGAAAAACGUUUCCUCCAAUUACAUGAAUUGGAUGAAAUGAGAUGGUAUGCCUAUGAAAAUUCACAAUUAUAUAAAGAAAGAACGAAGGUAUGGCAUGAUCGAAGAAUUCGAAUUAAAGAAUUCAAGGAAGGAGUCAAAGUUCUUUUGUUUCAGUCAAAGUACAAAUUCAAGCAACCAAAGCUCACAUCACAAUGGUCCGGUCCAUACGUAGUGAAACGUGGUCUUCCUUCUGGUUAUAUAGAGCUUGUAGGGAAUGAAAACAAUACUUUCAUUGUGAAUGGCCAACGAGUAAAACAUUAUCACGAAGAAGAAGUUGAAGAUAUCGUGGAAGUCACUGAUGGCUUCUACGCCAUUGGCGAAUGA